CGGACACGUCACGGGCAAAAGGACACGCCCCCGCCUCGCGAGACGGACGGUGGCCGCCCAGGGUCGCGCCCAAGAUGGCGGCGGCGGCGGCGCCCGGGCUGCCGCGGGGCACGGAGGCGGCGGCGCUGUUCGAGACCCACACGGCGGCCGAGCUGCGCGAGGUGGAGCGGCGGCUGCGGGCGGGCAUCGAGCAGAAGCGGGAGGAGCUGCGGCAGAUGGUGGGGGAGCGCUACCGGGACCUCAUCGAGGCGGCCGACACCAUCGCCGAGAUGCGCCUCAGCGCCGAGCACCUGCUGGGGGCGGUGCGGGGCCUGCAGCGCGGGGCGCCGGGGCCGCGGGGCGCCCGGGGGGCCCAGACUAUGCGGCACUCGCAGGAGAAGUUCUAUAGCACCGCAGCGCGGAUCAAGCUGCUGCUGGAGAUUCCGGAGAAGAUCUGGAGUGCCAUGGAGGCCUCUCAGUACUUACGUGCCACUCAUCUCUACCUGCUCUGCUGCCAUCUCCACAGCCUCCUGCAGCUGGAUUCCUCCAGCUCCUGUUACAGUCCCAUCCUGGCACGCUUCCCCAUCCUUGUACGACAAGUGGCAGCAGCCAGCCACUUUAGAUCCACCAUAUUGCAUGAAAGCAAAUCGCUGCUAAAAUGCCAGGCCGUUUCUGACCAAGCAGUGGCAGAGGCCUUAUGUUCCAUCAUGCUUUUGGAGGACAGCUCUCCACGCCAAGCCCUGACAGACUUCCUGCUGGCCAGGAAGUCAGCUGUUCAGCAACUUCUGAACCAGCCACAUCACGGUGCUGGAAUAAAAGCUCAGGUGUGUUCAUUGAUGGAGUUGCUAACCACCACCUUGUACCAAGCUCAUGCCCUGUUUUACACUCUGCCUGAAGGGGUGCCCUCAGAUCCAUCCCUGCCCUGCAGCUUGCUCUUUUCAAUGCUGGAGAGCACAACAGGCCAGGAUCCAGCAGGUAAAGGCAUCAAAGUUUUGAAAGAGGAGAUGCAGCUGAGCAGCUGGUUCAAAUAUCUACCACUGUCCAUUAUAGAGUUCCAGCCAACCCUCCGAACCCUGGCACAUCCAAUUAGCCAGGACUACCUGAGAGACACUCUUCAGAAGUGGAUUAACAUGUGUAAUGAAGAUAUCAAAUCUGGGCUCAUCACUCUGCUGGGCUAUGUGAAGAGCUUGAAAGGCCUAGCCGGCAUCCGUGACGCUGUGUGGGAGCUGCUCACUGGUGAGUCCAUGAGCCAGAACUGGGACACAGUGUGUCACCGACUCUUGGACAAGCCCAUCUCCUUCUGGGAGGACUUGCUGCGGCAGCUUUUCUUGGACAGGUUACAGACCCUGACGAAGGAAGGAUUUGACUCCAUCUCCAGCAGUUCGAAACAGCUUCUUAUCUUAGCUCUACAGGAGCUUGAAGUCAAGUCCAGUACCUCCGCCCCCAGUAAGCACAUCCAGUUUGAACACAACAUGGCUUUGUUUCUGUGGUCAGAGAGCCCCAGCGACCUGCCUUCUGAUGCUGCCUGGGUCAACGUGGCAAACCGCAGCCAAUUUGCAAAGAGUGGCCUCUCUAUGAAGGCUCAGGCUCUCACUCCCUGUGUGCAGAGCUUCUGUUCUGCCUUGGAUACCAAACUGAAGGCCAAACUGGAUGACCUUCUGUCCUACCUUCCUUCUGACUCUUCCAAACCCAAAGAGAUAUUGGGUAUGCAGUCCAGGAACUCUGCUUUUGAUAGAUAUGCUGAUAUUGGCACCGUAGAAGAGCUGCUCCGUGAUCACUGCAUUACCUGCAUUCAGUACGUCUUGGGCUGUGUUAGAGAAGAGCUGCAGAGUGCUGAGGACAAGCUGAAAGGAGACACAGACGCUCUGAAUGAUGCCAAACUUAAUACCGUCCUCUUCAUGGCAAGACUUUGUCAGUCACUAGGUGAACUGUGUCCUCACCUGAAGCAGUGCAUUCUGGGUAAAUCAGGCAGCACAGAGAAUGUAAUGAGGGAGACCCGGUCUUUUAAAAAGCUGGGGAAAGGGAAAAUCCAGGAGGUGAAUCCCCUGCAGGCCAAGUGGCAGGAAGUGAAAGAACAACUCCUGCAACAGAGCCUUUUUGCAUAUCAGAUUUGGACUUCAACUGUUUUAAAAGUCCUGGUUCACAGUUUCACCAAAACUUUGCUGCUAGAUACAGCUGGCUCUAUCUUAGCUACAGCCACCAACUGGGAUGAAAUUGAAAUUCAGGAGGAGACAGAAACGGGAAGCAGCGUAACAUCAAAGAUCCGACUCCCUGUACAGCCAUCCUGGUAUGUUCAAUGCCUCCUAUUCAGCUUGUGUCAAGAAGUCAAUCGGGUUGGAGGUCACGCUCUACCAAAGCGUACCUUGCAGCUGCUGCUGAAGACCUGCCUGGCGGAAGUGCUGGGUGGCUAUGAGAAGCUUGUUGAAGAGAAGCAGGAGAAGAAGGAAGGCACAUUCCCAAUGACUCAGAACAGGGCGUUGCAGGUGCUCUAUGAUCUGCGUUAUUUGAAUAUAGUCCUAACGGCUAAGAGUGAGGAAGCAAAAACCAGCAGGAGCAAGCAGGACUCCAGGAUUGAGAAGGUGACAGACUUCCUAGAAGCCAACAUCGAUCCAUUUGACUUGGAUGUUUUCACUCCACAUUUAAAUAGCAGCCUUAACCGCCUGGUGCAACAAACCUCUGUCCUGUUUGGCUUACUCACUGGGGCAGAGAAUCAGUAUACCAAUAGAAGCAAUAAUCUGAGCUCCCAGGAGCCUUACAAUAUCUUGCCAUUAGCAUCUAGUCAAAUAAGAUUUGGACUUCUACCGCUUAGUAUGUCAAGCUCUCGAAAGACUAAAUCUGCUGUUAAAAACACAGAAAAUCAGACUCAGUGUGAUGGUGACCUGUACUCCUGAAGAAAUCUUGCUUGGGUAUUUAAGCUUGUGUGCAUUCUGAGUGGCUUGCUUCACCUACAACGGCAUUUAGUGUUGUCCAGUUGCUCUGUAUUAAAUUUUAUAUUAACCUAAAUUGUACACAUUGAUACCCGUUCCCCACUGUUUAAAUGUCUAUUUAGGCAGGACUCCUGGGUGGAGGACUGGGAGAGCCAAGGAAGACCAAGCCGCUACAGGAAGCGGUAUUCUUAAAUGCACUCAUCCCUCCAAGUCAUUACUGAACCCAUACUCUACCAUGGUGCAAUAGGGCACAGUCCUGACUGAUUUCAUUCAAUAAAGAUCCACUUCUCUAUUAUAAGAAUAGAGACAUUUACCUAAAUGGGGGCCAACCUAUCACAUUCUGCUCCUUCAUGUAAUUCAGGGGAGAACUUCUUGGCUUUAAUUGUUUCAAAGAGCACACUUGUUUCAAAACUAUUCAAUUUUAGAAAAGUUAUCUACCUCUUGCUCCCACGGUAUCUAGUAUAGUUUAGAAACAGUGUUUCUUCCAUACCUGCCCCUGUGUGUUACUAGUUGUGGCUGCAGUGAUGCAUGUAUAUAUAGUUUAAUAGAAAGCCCCUUUUCUGAAUUACUAGCAGAUAUGCUCUCCCCCUUUUCUCAGAUCCCACUAUGUAAUAAAUCAUGUAAGAUUGUGCAGAGUACUUAAUCAAAAACUAUUGGCUAGGUAUAAAGACAGUGGUAUUUUAUCAUUUCUAAAGCACAGGAGAAAAUGGAGUUAGCCCCUUUCCUGGGCUAGUCAGUAAAAACAAUCACAUUUAAGCGAUUCUUAUAAAUCUUUAGUUAACAACAUACUGAUCUAGUUUAAAAAGUUGCACAGGGAGAGAGGGAAGCUCUAUGAUGCCAGAACCUAGAACCCCUCUCUAGUACUAGAAAUCUAGGGUAGACAAGGCUUUUUAGGCUGAGUAAUCCUGUAUAUGUAGCCAGAGAGGCAGGGGUUCAGGUUGGACUUAGUUCCUACUCAAUUACAUAUAGUUCUUAAUUCUCUUACCCUACCAUGCCUCCCUGCAGCUGCUAACAACUGGCUGUAUGUGGAAUCAAUGUAAGAAGCACUAUAGCAGUCACUGAUCCUCUUUUUU